AUGGCUUGUUACCUGGUCAUCAGCUCGAGACACCUCAGCAAUGGGCACUACCGGGGCAUCAAAGGCGUCUUCCGAGGGCCCCUCUGCGAGAACGGCUCGCCCUCACCGGAUUUUGCCGAGAAGGAGAAGGCCACAGCAAAGGCCCUGGAGGACGCGAAGGCCAACUUUUACUGUGAAUUAUGUGACAAACAGUAUCACAAACACCAGGAGUUUGACAAUCACAUUAAUUCUUACGAUCAUGCUCAUAAGCAGAGACUAAAAGAAUUAAAGCAACGGGAAUUUGCUCGAAAUGUAGCCUCUAAGUCAUGGAAAGAUGAGAAAAAACAAGAAAAAGCACUUAAGCGUCUCCAUCAACUGGCUGAAUUAAGGCAGCAAUCUGAAUGUGUUUCAGGAAAUGGACCAGCAUACAAAACUUCCCGGAUAACUAUAGAAAAGCAGCUCCUGCAGGGAGUUUUCCCCGUUAAGAAUGGCAGGAAGGCAUCGUUCAUGAAGGGUGCUCUUCUGCUUAAAGGGAAAAGUCUCCCGAGAAGCAUUGCUGACAGACAGCGGUCCACCGUGUCAAACAGACACCCGUUACCAACAGACAGGCGCUACUUGUUUGGAAGUCAGAUUCCACAGACGUCUCCCGCUCCCAGCAAUGGUAGUCACAGGACCAGUGUAUCCUUUUCCUUUUCCAAAAAAGUCCAUCUAAAAUUAGAAUCCUCAGCAUCGGUUUUCAGUGAGAACACAGAAGACACACAUGAUUGUAACAAGUCGUCCACUCCCAAAACACACCCAGCUGCAGAGAAAUGCAAGCGCUGCCCCCACACCCAUGAGGCAACACACUGCUCUAAGGAAAAAGAUACAAACAUGUCACCAAGGCCUCUGGAAAGUGUUUCACAUAACAGCUUCCCUAUAAACUCUAAUAUAUUGCAAGGCAAACAUGAUUCCACUGGCAUUCGCGCAUCCUUCUCUAAAGCCAACAUUCGUCUUUCAGAUGUGGGUUUUUCACCCCCCAGCCGGGAAAAAGAAACUCAAAACACAUUGACGAAUGCUUUACGAAACCGCAUUCUUUCUCCGUGCCAAGCAAAUGCUUCCUCCAGCCCCCCAAACAUUUACAAGCACAGUGAUGCCAAGAUAUUUGAAUGUCUGGAUGAGCUCUCCUCACCAGGACCAAGUGAACAGAGCAAUACAGUGCCUGUGAAUCCCCCUCCCAGAACGGAGAGCAGAGAUACAGCUUCACAUGACACAGGAAGAGGUAGCAAAAAUGUGCCACGGCUUGUCAGAGAAGCAUGUGUCCAUGAUGUGCAGUCUAACGCGCUGCCCUUUCUUCAUGUACAAAGCAAGGAUGGCCACACCACGCUCCAAUGGCCAACCGAGCUCUUGCUGUUCACAAAGACACAGCCCUGUAUCUCGUAUGGCUGCAACCCGCUGUAUUUUGAUGUUAAGCUUUCUCGGAACACAAAGGGUGGCCACGACCCAGAAGACCUAAAGACCAAACUGAGUAUGGAAUCCUGUGCAAAGAAGACUGACGUGGAGACCCAGUCCUCAGGUUUAAGCAUAGACCAACAAAAAGGGAUCCAAGAAGAUGAUCUGUCUCUAAAACCAAAGAUGAUUCAAAUUAAUCCAGAUUGGGAAAAUUGCCAGAGAAAUUACAAUUUAGACGACAGAGAUGCUGAGCCAAAUAUGGAUAUACAUAAUUUUAGUCCAAGAGAUUUGGAUAUGAACAACCCGAAAGUGCCUGCUUAUCUUGAGCUCUCUCGUAUCGGGACUCAGAAUAAUGAUAAUGAAUCGAAGGAAUCUUCCAGGUUCCAUUGGCAAAGUUGCCCAAGGGUAGUUCUAAAUAAUGCCAACGAGGGUCUCUCUUUGACUCCCUGUUUACCUAGGACUAAAAAAAAGCAUAAACGGAUUCCCUGUGAUGCUCAUUCAGAACUUGAAGACGGAAAUCAUUUCUCCUGGGACGCCAGUGCUUGUGCAGCAGCAGGCAGCAGUGAGCCCGGGGAGGGGCUCAGUCGACUUUUCAAGGGGAGUAACUUGCUCUACUUUUGUAAGAAAGAACAUAGCCCAGCUGACAGACACAAACCGAAACGCCGAAAGCACACGGGCCUCUCUGUACCUGAAGAGGUAGCUCGGAGUGACUCCCUGCAGGCUGAAACACGCACAGAGGGCAACAGCCAACUGUGGGCAUCGUUUAAAAGGGACACGUACUCAAAUCAUAGAUAUGGUCCCAGACACACACUGAACAAAAGUCAAUGUCCGGGGCUGCCGUGCCAGAGAGCCAUCCGUUCUGAUUGUAGCGCACCUAGUUCCUGUGCCGGACGCAGAGGAUCAGUGCCUCCUGGCCAGGGACUUCAGCGCAGUCAAUGGGGCUCUUACUCCAGAGAGCCAACCCAUCGUCUAAGCCAACAGGACAGAAGGCCUUUGGGCAGCUCCCCCAUUUGUGAGGUGGCAAAGGCAAAACCCGUACCCUGCAAGUCGGGGACUGUCAGCUGUCUUUUGAGAAACUGUUCCAGUGGGCCCGAGUCAGGCGUGACAGGAGAGAGAAUCCCCCUAACAGCCAAAAGCCUCUUAGAAAGGGUGCAAGCCAAAAAGGGUCAGGAGCAAGGAACUAAUGUCGACGUCUCCUCAACCAGCUGCAAACAUGAACCAGAAGCCCGUUCACAAAUUCAAUGCACGGGUCAGUGCGACCCACCCCGCUGCAGCCGCACAGCAUUGGCCCUGUCUGAGAAACCACCGAACGCAAGUAAAUGGAAAAAUCGGAAGGACGGUGCCUUUUUGAGGAGGACUGCGAAAGCCGACGUCACACCGCCACAGGCAAGUCCUUCUCCUGCAGCUGGUGAGAAGCACCUUUCGCAAGGUGCAGUGCAGGUCCUAGCAGAGUCUCAGUCACCAAACAGGAUCAGUCCCACAGCAAAAGGAGAAUCGCAACCCUGCAUCGCUGAAGUCCAGCCUUUGAUUCCAAGCUGGGACCCAGGACCAAAUGGUUUCUCUCGUGCUUUUCCAUCGGAUCAAUAUACCACUGUUACGAAUUUAACAGAGACCGAAGAGGACCAAAUAAAUCCAGAACCACAGGACAUAAGCACGCAUAUGAACCGUGUAGAGGAGAACACAAACUCUUACUAUGACAGAACUAUGCAGAAGCAGGACAGUGUAGAAGAUGGAUUAGAAGUAUGUCAUAAAUCCAUCUCUCCCCCUUUAAUUCAACAGCCCCUAACAUUUUCUCCUGAUGAGAUAGAUAAAUAUCAACUCCUUCAGCUACAAGCCCAACAGCACGUGCAGAAACAGCUCCUAUCAAAGCAUCUUCGAGUUUUGCCUGCUACAGGGCCGGCUGCCUUCGCUCCGGCGCCCAUGGUCCCAUCGGUGCCAGUGCACCAGCACGCUUCCAUCACCACCAUCCACCAUACAUUCCUCCAGCACUUGGCCGUCUCCACUUCCCUAAACUCCCACAACAGCCACCUGCCAAUUGCUCAUCUGCAUCCCCUCUCACAGCCACAUUUCACUCCCAUCACCUUUGCACCUUUGACUUCAGCCAUCAUCCCGGCGCACCCCACCUUCUUAGCGGGGCACCCUUUGCAUUUACUCACUGCUUCCCCCUUCCAUCCUUCCCACAUAACACUUCAGACCCUGCCCCCUGCUGCAUUUAUCCCUGCAUUGUUCAGCCCUCACUUGAAUCCAGCCACAGCUUCUAUCAUCCACUUGAAUCCUUUAAUCCAGCCAGUGUUCCAAGGUCAAGAUCUCUGCCAUCAUUCUUGCUCCAGCCAGAUGCAGCAGUUAAAUGGAAUGAAAGAGGCCUUAAAUGUGUCAGCCCACUUGAACUAGUAGGUUUUAAAGCUCUUUUGUGGAUAAAUCAAAGACUGUCACUACCUACACAAUCAUCCUGGUGUCAGUUCUGUAUGUGACCAAUAUAAUAUGAACUGAAUUACCAAUAUUGAGAUGAAAGCAUUAUAUAAGAAUGCAUUUUAUGCAUUUGCAAAAAGUAAUAGAGCAAA